AUGUCUGGAGCGCCUCGAGACGAUACCUACCCUUACGCCUUCGCAUCCACGUCCGCUUCGUCCUCGUCGCACACGCCUAAUUCCGAUGAUCGCGACGAGCUUGACUUUCUUCAUGACAACGAAAACGAAAAUGAGAAUGACCAUGUCAGACCCAGCAACGAUAGCGGCCGUGGAAGAGCUAGAGAUAGAGACCAUGUUCUAGGCGACGACCCUUUGCAAGGCAACUUGAGUGCGCCCAUGACUUUCAAGCGAAGACAAGGUCCCUCACUGUGGUCUGCUCCUUCUCGACUCCUCUCCGCCAUCACGGGUUCGCGAUCAAACGCUUCUUCGAGAGGAGCUUCACCUGCUGUCUUCUCUGGCUCCAACGCUUCCCCGCGCGCCGAACCUGUCAUCUUCAACGAAGCUACCAAAGAUGGAGCGCCGCACGACUGGUACGUCGAAGGGCCGGGACGUCGAGUCGGAUACGAGGAUCUCACUGCCAUCGACUGGAUUUUUGAAUACACAAAAGAGCGCCAGAGGCUGCGUAUGCUCUACUCCAGCGCAUCCGGGGUUAUAGGUCCUGUGCGGCGGCUCAUCGAUGCUAGCCAAGUCUGGAUCAUUCUGCUUUUGACAGGAAUGCUUGUGGGAGCUGUCGCUGCAGGAAUCAACGUUACGACCGAUUGGCUUGGGGACUUGAAGGAAGGAUACUGUUCCAGUGGCCCAGAAGGCGGCCAUUUCUACCUUAACAAGGCCUUUUGCUGUUAUGGCUAUGACCAGGGUUCCAAGUGCGAUGGCUGGAAGUCUUGGGGUGACGCUCUGGGCGUUCAUUCAAAAGGCGGCAAGUGGUUUGUUGAAUAUCUGUUUUUUGUUUCUCUCGCGAUGCUGUUUGCUUACGUUGCUGCCGUGCUGGUCCAGGAAUAUGCCAUCUACGCUAAGCAUAGUGGUAUCCCUGAGAUCAAAACUGUUCUCGGAGGCUUCGUCAUCCGACGGUUCCUUGGAAUCUGGACUCUUGUGACCAAAUCGCUUGGCCUUUCUCUUGCUGUGGCAUCGGGCAUGUGGUUGGGAAAAGAAGGCCCUCUGAUUCACGUCGCUUGUUGUUGUGCAAACGUGUUUACGAAAUUGUUUCGAAACAUCAACGACAAUGAAGCACGGAAACGCGAGGUCCUCUCAGCCGCUGCCGCUUCGGGUGUCUCAGUGGCCUUUGGCUCACCCAUUGGUGGCGUGCUGUUCAGUCUUGAAACUCUGUCUUACUACUUCCCCGACAAGACUAUGUGGCAGAGCUUCGUCUGUGCCAUGACUGCUGCUGUCGUUCUUCAAGCUUUCGACCCCUUUAGAUCUGGCAAACUUGUCUUGUAUCAGGUUCACUACAGCAUUGGAUGGCAUGGUUUUGAACUAUUGCCUUACGCCAUUCUUGGUGUUCUAGGGGGCAUUCAUGGCGGCCUCUUCAUCAAACUGAAUAUGGCCAUCGCUCGCUGGAAGAAAUCAAACCGAUGGAUCCCUGGUCCAUUCGUCCAAGUUCUCAUCGUGGCGUUCUUCACUGCCCUUAUAAACUAUCCCAACUUCUACAUGAAGCUCCAAACGACUGAGCUCGUUUCUAAUCUCUUUUCUGAGUGCUCACAAGUUCUCGACGACCCUAUUGGCCUCUGUAGAACAGGCGCCGCUUCAGCCAAAACCAUUGUUCUUCUCGUCUUUGCUUCAGUCUUGGGCUUCUUCCUCGCUGCUGUGACGUUUGGCUUACAAAUCCCUGCUGGUAUCAUUCUGCCUUCAAUGGCUAUUGGUGCCUUGACUGGUCGUGCCGUGGGUAUUGUCAUGGAGAUUUGGGUUACCAACCAUCCGGGCUUCUUUCUCUUCGGCUCAUGCGAGCCUGAUAUUCCUUGUGUGACACCAGGGACAUAUGCUAUCGUCGGCGCAGCAGCAUCUCUAGCUGGCGUCACUCGUCUAACCGUCUCCAUCGUGGUCAUCAUGUUCGAGCUCACUGGCGCUCUUACUUAUGUUCUCCCUAUCAUGAUUGCUGUUAUGAUAUCAAAAUGGGUGGGCGAUGCUUUCUCACGCCGUGGUAUCUAUGAAUCGUGGAUUCAUUUCAACGAGUAUCCUUUCCUUGACAACAGCGAGAAUAACGACGCCAUCCCCGAUAUUCCGGCUGCUCAAGUCAUGACUCGCAUCGAGGACCUCGUCGUUCUUACUGCAACGGGCCAUACCAUCUCGUCGCUUACGAUUAUACUCGAGAUGCACCCAUACCGUGGUUUCCCAGUUAUAUCAGACCCUCGAGAAGCUAUUCUUCUUGGUUAUAUCUCCCGUGCCGAGCUUGCUUAUAAUCUCUCAGCCUCCACGCAAGCACCCCGUUCGCUCCCCCUAGAGACAGAAGCCUUCUUCUCCCACCAGCCCAUGGCUGACCCCCGGACGACACUUGAUCUUCGCCCAUGGAUGGACCAAACGCCUCUCACACUGCCAUCGCAUACAAGCCUUCAUCUUGUCGCUACUUACUUCCAGAAACUUGGCUUGCGCUACCUCCUAUUCAGCGAUCGUGGCGUACUUCAGGGCUUACUGACGAAGAAGGACGUCUGGUACGUCCUCAAUGGUGCUGAGGAGACACGGCGUACUAUGGGUUUGGCAUCGACUGGCGUUGGCCAUGAGACUGGCGUAGCGGAUAGGACGCCAGACGACAACGGUGGUGGCGAAAGAAGCGGGCUUUUGCGAGGUGAUAACGCUGAUGAUGGGGAUAGUAUUCAAGGCGAAGAGCCGAUGUUGUGA